GGGCGAUGGGGGCAAUGGCAGCGCGAGAAGAAUGCGCGGCGCCAACCAAAUUCCCAGCCCUCCGAGACUAAUCGCGACAGUUGCGCCGAUCCAGGGCGGGCUCUUCGCGGGCCGCGGAUGACCAGGCACACCUGGCCAGCCCCCGUAUGGGCCUCCAUCUCGCAGGUCGAAUGGAGACCGUUAGUCUUGGGCUGGGCUCACUGGAGAACUGGUCGCGCUCGCAGGUCGCAGCAGGGGGCAGUGGCCAUGGGGGGAGGAGCAACGCCGGUGAGGUGGCCGCGGGUGCUGGCGCCGGCGCACCUGGCCGGAGCUAUACGCCGGCAGAAGAACCCGCUCGAGGCCGCGCGCCUGUACGACGACGCGCCCCGCUGGUACGCGCGCUCCUCCUACCGCCAUAGCGACACCGUCCACGCAUCCCUCCUCGGUGCCGCUUCCGCGUCCCCUUCGCUCCUCCCGUCUCUCCUCCGCCGCAUCCUGCGCUCCUCCCCCUCCGCCGACGCCCUGCUCGCCUCGUCCAUCCCGCACCUCCCUCCCGAGGACGCCGUCACCAUAUUCCGCUCCUCACUCCCUUCCUCCCCCGCCCCGUCCUGGUCCCUCUCCUUCUCCGCCCUCCUCCGCCGCCUCCUCUCCCGCGGUCUCCUCCCCGAAGCUGCCAGGCUCCUUGCCGACUUCCAGGGGCGCCCUGAAGUGUCUGUAUCAUCCGAAGACAUCAGCCUGCUUAUCUCGGAGAUGUGCCGCGUGCGGCGGCCUGACCUCGCGCUUCAGGUGCUCGAAGAAAUGCCUGGUCAGUGUCUUGCGCCUGACAGAGGCGCGUACCACACGAUCGUUCCUGCGCUCUGCAAUGCCGGCAUGCUCGAGGAGGCUACGCAUGUCGUCUACUCCAUGCUGUGGCGCGUGUCGCAGCGGGGCUGUGACGUGGAUGUCGUGGUGUACCGGGCGUUGCUGGUCGCACUCUGCGCAGCUGGCCAGGGUGAACAGGCAGAGAUAGUGCUGGAUAAGAUUAUCAGGAAGGGGUUGAGGACUCCAGGCAGUAGGCGCUCUCUUCGUGUGCCAAUGCUUGGAGGGCUUAGCAUCGAUGACGCCCGGGAAGCCAUUGAUCGGGCAUUGGUUGUGCGAGGUGGGCGGACUGUUGCAAGCUUUGAAUCCAUGGUUCUUGAUCUCUAUGACGAAGGAUGCUUGAAUGAGGCAGAUAAUUUGUGUAAGGACAUGGGCAAGAAGGGGUUCAAACCAACAAUAUGCAUGUAUGAAGCCAAAAUCAUUGCUUUAUGCAGGGAACAGAGGGUAGAUGAUGCAAUCAAGGUGUUGGAGGAGGAGUUGGCCAAGAGUGGUCUAGUUCCGACUGUGACAACAUAUAACUUGUUAAUGAAGGGUCUUUGCGAUAUUAUGCAAUCAAUGAAGGCCCUAGGAUUCCUGAAAAGAAUGGAUAAGCAGCUUGGCUGUGUUGCUCGAAAGGAGACUUUCUCUAUCUUGAUCAAGGGCUUGUGUUCGGAAAGUCAGUUUGUUGAGGCGGCAAGGGUUAUGGAGAGGAUGGUGAAGGGCCACCGUCGCCCUGAAAGAACUGAAUUCAGCAAUGUCAUUGAAGGAUUGUGUUAUCUUGGCAGAACAUACGAUGCAUUGUUAUGGCUAGAGGAGAUGAUCGACCAUGGAGAAACACCUGAUGUCCGUGUUUGGUCUUCUUUGGUUUCGUCGGCUUUAGGAUUAGGAGAAAGUGUUGUGGUUGCAGCUGCAUGCGAAUUGGUUAUUCAAUAGAGGACUUCCUUAUAUUUAACGCUGAAGUUAAGAAGGAAGUGUCCCUAUGGAGAUUGGCACUUAAGCACUGAACACUUUGCCAGUUUUGAUAAAUAUCAACAGCUGAGGAAUUGAGCUGACACCCUGCGUUCACUAGCUUGAGGUUUGUUGGGUGCUGAUUAUCGGUGUUUUCGGCCCAACACCUGUUUGGUGAAUUGUUAGCUGCAUCCUGCCAUCAUGUUGAAAACCUUGGUGCUGUCACAUCAACGCUGAAGGCAAAGAAGACCGACGGGUGUGUCCACUAGCAUGAGGAGGUCUGUGGGGUGCUGAUUAUCGCUGUUCCGGCCCAACACCUGUUUGAUGAAUUGUUAGCUGCAUCCUGCCAUUAUGAUGAAAACCUUGGUGCUGUCACAUCAACGCUGAAGGAAAAGAAGACCGACGGGAGAGGUAUCUUUCUGUAGACACCGCUAAAUGUCUGAAUUUCAACCUGUGGAGCAGCCAAGCAGCUCGCAGGUAUUAAUUCUGAGGGCAUGGGGCUGUUGACGUAUUUGUUCUUGAAAGGGAAAAUUGGGUGUACUGGCUGGGGUGUUGUUCCUCAUGAUGAACACGGCACUGGUGUUCGAUUGGCAGCCAACGGUGACUCUUUUUGACGGCUGCGACAUGUGUUCAGUGCACGGGCUGAGGCCUUUUUCUGCUCUACUGAUACUAUCUCUUCCCUGUGGAUGGGCCAAGUGAGAUUAGAGAUGGAUGCAAUGCAAUCAACUUGGUGAGUGCCCUGCAAUUUAGGGAGCGUGAUAAAGCUGAUGCUGGAUAAAGGACCUUAAGUCUGCUUGAUGUGUUUUUUUGGCGUUGAGAUUAAACUGGUGUGUUGCGUGUGACUAGGGGUUGUGGCAAGUUCACCCAGUGUCUGGUGAAGCAUGGUGUCCAUUGUAGAACCGUCGAUUUCUAUCUUGUAGACAGACCAAGUCCCAGACAUGUUUUGGGUGUACAUGCCACAUCUUAAUAAAAGAGCAAAUCCUGUUGACAAAAGUAUUGUCUACUUAAGUGAACUCACAUUUUCUAUCA